AGUCAAAGUCAACUCUCUCGCUUCCCCUUGUCUCGUCCGGAUCAAUCCGCCAUUUUUUCCCUCUCACUUCCGGCCAUUUUCAGCCUGAAGCCCCUUUCAACGGCCACGAUGAUCCUGAUCAACUGUUCCCACUGCCGGACACCGCUGCAGCUCCCUCCAGGCGCUACCUCUGUCCGAUGUGCCAUCUGCCGCGCAGUCACUGUCGUAGCCGACCCCCGAGGUUUUCCUCCGCCGCCGCCGCCGCAGCAGCUUUACUCUCCCGGCUACAGUAACCCCUUUCCGUCACCGACGCAGAGUUACUAUCCUGGCCAUCACUACCCCUCUCCGGAGCCGCCGAUGUACCCUGCCGGCCGCAGCCCCAAACGGGCGGUGAUUUGCGGGAUUUCAUACAAAAAUACCCCACACGAACUUCAGGGCUGUAUUAAUGAUGCUAAAUGUAUGAAGUAUUUGCUGAUCAACCGCUUUAAAUUCCCCGAUUCCUCCAUUCUCAUGCUCACUGAUGAAGAAACUGACAUUUAUAAGCGUCCAACAAAGCAAAACAUCAGAAUGGCACUGCAUUGGCUUGUGCAAGGCGUUCAAGCAGGGGACUCUUUGGUGUUCCAUUUCUCUGGCCAUGGUUUGCAGCAGAAGAACCUCACCGGUGACGAGAUCGAUGGCUUCGACGAAACGCUCUGCCCGUUGGAUUUUGAGACCGCGGGAAUGAUCGUCGAUGACGAGAUCAAUGCAACCAUAGUUAGGCCUCUCCCUUACGGUGCUAAGCUCCAUGCUAUCGUAGAUUCAUGCCAUAGUGGAACUAUGUUAGACUUGCCAUUCCUAUGUCGGAUGGGCAGGGAUGGAAGCUACAGAUGGGAGGAUCAUAGGCCUCCAUCAGGCGUAUACAAAGGAACAAAUGGGGGAGAAGUGAUAUCUUUCAGUGGUUGUGAUGAUAACCAAACUGCUGCAGACACACAAGCUAUGUCAAAGGUUACUACCACUGGGGCCAUGACUUUUUCUUUCAUCAAAGCCAUUGAGAGUGGACAAGCAACUACGUACGGUAAUAUGUUAAAUUCGAUGAGGUCCACCAUUCGAAACACCGACGUUAAUUCUGGAGGUGAUAUCGUUACAAGCCUUAUCACCAUGCUUUUAUCGGGCGGAAGUUUAUCAGGCAGACUCAAACAGGAGCCCCAAUUAACUGCCCAUUCAACCUUCGAUGUGUACAGCAAGCCAUUCUCGCUAUAAGUUAUUGUUCCAUAAAAAAAA